AUGACAUCACAAAAAGAAAGAAAAGUAUUUUUUGUAUCAGGUGCAAGUAAAGGUCUUGGCUUAAUUUUAACAAAACAAAUUUUAGAAAGAGGUUUUAACUGUGCCUCAACUAGUAGAAAUAAAGAACAACUUGUAAAAAACUUAAAAGAAUAUAGUUUUGUAACAAAUGAAAACUUUUUACCUUUAGAAGUAGAUCUUUCCUCAGAUGAAUCAAUUAAAAAGAGUAUUGACGAAACAAUAGCAAAAUUCGGAAGAAUUGAUGUUGUUAUUAACAAUGCUGGAUAUUCACAAUGUGGAACUGUAGAAGAGUUAACUGAUAAAGAGGUACGUGACCAAUUUGAAUGCAAUGUAUUUGGCGUUAUAGGAAUUAUACGUAAUGCAGCUCCAUAUUUACGUAAAAACAAGAAAUUCCCAGAAGGUCCAAGAAUCAUUAACAUCACCAGUGUAGGAGGAUUUACUGGUAAUUUUCCAACCUUUUCAGUAUACUGCUCUACUAAAUUCGCUAUUGAAGGUCUUAGUGAAGGUUUAGCUGCAGAUUUAAAAGAGUUUAAUGUCCAUGUCUCUACUGUAUUACUUGGCUAUUUCCGUACAUCGUUCUUAGAAAAAGGUUCAGUCAGUGUACCAUCCCAUCCAAUUAAUGAAUAUACUGCAGUUAGAAAAGCUCAAGAAAUGCAUCAAAACUCAAUCAAUGGAAAACAACUUGGUGAUCCUGAAAAAGGAGCUAAAGCUAUUAUUGAUUUUUCAUUAAAACAAAAUCCAGAGUUACAUUUUUUUGUAGGUUCAGACUCAAUAAAAAUUGCAGAAGAAACAAUCGAAAGACUUAAAGGAGAUAUUAAAGCAAACAUUGAAGCUAGUAUGUCAACAGAUCAUAAAAAUUAA